UAUUGUUCUGUACAAAGUAACUUUGUCGAGUGUUUCUUACUCCCGUACACGUGCGUUACCUUUGCAAUGUACAUAUAUCUACUUAUCUUCAUGAAAUUGGUGGGUUGUUACUGUUACGCGGGCUACGAUCUAUUUCAAGGCUUCAACAUUGAAGAUAUCAGCAGACGCGUCUCCUCUAGUAUAACUACAACAUCCACGGUCAUCGCAAAUUCAACAAACAUGGACAAAACAUCGAUGUCAAAUGACACAAUUAAUAAAAUAAAUCAAACUAAAUGUAUGGAAGAGGAACGUCCUGAGAAUAUCGGUACAUUUGAAGUGCCCACUCAAAGAGAUAUAGUAACAAUGAUGAAAACCAUGUUACACACAUCGUUUACCGCGCACCAUCAAAAAGUACUUACUUUAAUUAAAAAUAUGAAACAGGCAACAAAAUCAGCAAAACUCGUAGAAAACACAUGUGAAAUAAAUAAUGUGCCUUCAUAUAAAAAAUGUAUAGAUCAAGUCAGAGUACAGAGUGAUGUUGCUAUAAAGAAUCUACUAAUUGAGGUCGAGCAACAAAAGAUGGCUGUUAAUUCUAUUACUGAGGAAAAAAUCUGUAGUUUAUCGCUAAUGAAAUCUGAUCCACUAGAACACAUCAUCACACUGGCUCAAGAAAAUGUUUCCUUGGAAUUCGCGCUUCCAGGAUUCCUACGAUCGCUUAGUGCUUGCUCAUAUUACUGCUCACAAUAAAUACAAUUCAGUCAUAAUUGAUUUAAUUUUAACUAAAA